UUUGAUAACCUUUUUGCAAUUUGCGCUAUUAUUGCCGUAGGUUUCUCAUCCAAAAAAACACCUCCACCACAACACUGUGUUCCUCAAUCGCAGGCCAUCCUUUGGGUCCAAACUCGUAGUAUUAAUCUUAUUCAAUAAGAGAUGGCAGCGGCUGCCGGAGCUUCCCCGCCGGUGAUUAACGUGGCGGCACUUUCUGGGUCACUCCGAAAAGGCUCAUACCACAAUGGACUUAUUCGUUCUGCAAUUGAGUUAAGCAAAGGAGACUUACAAGGCAUCCAGAUUGAAUACAUUGACAUUUCAGCUCUGCCAUUCUUGAACACUGAUCUUGAGGAGAAAGGGAGGUACCCACCUGAAGUUGAGGCUUUUCGCAGCAAGAUUCUUCUAGCUGAUAGCAUUCUUUUUGCUUCCCCUGAGUACAAUUACUCUGUCACUGCUCCACUAAAGAAUGCAAUUGACUGGGCAUCUAGACCACCAAAUGUUUGGGCUGGUAAACCUGCUGCCAUUGUAAGUGCUGGAGGAGACUUUGGUGGGGGAAGAUCACACUACCAUCUCCGCCAAAUCGGAGUUUAUCUCGAUUUACAUUUCAUCAAUAAACCUGAGUUCUUCCUACAUGCAUUCCAGCCUCCAGCAAAAUUUGAUAGUGAUGGCAACUUAAUUGAUGAAAAUGCCAAGAAUAAAUUGAAGGCAAUUCUUUUGUCCUUGCAGGCAUUUACCCUGCAACUUCAAGGCAGAAGCUGAAACUACGCUGAUCCCCGAAACAUAAGCUGUGGAUUUGAGUCAGCUCCUUAGAAAUAGCAUUGAGGGAUGUAGACUCUCCAUGACUUCAUCAAAAGUGUGAUAGGCAUUUAGGUUUUAGGAAACAUGUUUACUCUUUAUUUGCUCUAGGGUCACUAGGGAGUUGAAUGACAUAUCACCUCACAUCUACAAAACAUUUAUUGUCUAAACAGAGGGAUUUCUCAACCCUUUUAUAAGUAUUGAUUUCUCAUGCUUCUUCAGGC